AGGAAGUUCGAAAGAUUCAAUAAAUUUUUGUAGAGAAAAACCCGAUUAUUCUAAUCCCAUUCCUACUUGCUGAAAGCAACGAAGUUGGAACAAAAACAAAUCACAAAAAAUCAAAAUUCCAAAUUUUAGCUCGAAUAGCAAUGGAAACGCCUCAGAAUUCCACCGCUAGCAAAGAGUUUGAGGUGACUGGUGUGUCUCGUAGUGGACGCGUACGCAAAAAAUCAUCCAAACUGCUCGACUUUCAGUCACCAGAUGAAGUGGAGAAGAAACUGAAAAGAGCGGCAAAACCCCCGGCGCGUAACGGCAAUGUUCGUGGCAGAAACACUUUGGGUAGUGUUGGGCGGCCAGCACGUAGACCCAACCUGAAUAUUAGGAGCGAGUUGGGUGGUGGUGAUAUGAGUGAUUUAGCUGAAGACGAUAAUGAAUUGCAUGAUGACAUGAGCGAUAAUGAAACAGAUGGUGAAAAUUUUGGUGAUAUAAAUACCCCACCAGGUGAUUCGGAUGAAGAUCUCAAGGAGUUAGUUGCUGGCAUUGUCGAUGCUGAAGGCAUCGAUAGCAACGGAAAUCCAGAGUCAAAAGUGCGCCAAAGUUUGUAUAUGACUGAAAAAGCAAAUAAGCGGAGAGUAUUGAAAGACGGUCGAGUUGUUACGGGGAAGGUAGAGCGCAAGGACAAGGGUAAAACACGCUAUACAGCGUACAGCAUGUGGGCACGUGAGCUACGAAAAUCUGGCAAAUUAGGCAAAGGACAAGAUUUAGAUUUUUCAAAUACCGCCAAACGUCUCGGAGAAUUAUGGGCGAACGUUUCAAAUAAAGAGAAAGAUUCGUGGAGACGUAAAGCCAAAAUUCAAGCUACGAAAGCGAAAUCAAGGGAUAGUGUAGUUACGGUCCCCACUAAUCCUUAUAUGUCGUAUUUUAAACCUACCACGAGUCGCACCAAAAAGAUGGCUGAAGACGGACAACAGUCGCCACAAUCAGUUACAACAUUAGCAACUAUGAGGGCGAAGCCGCGCGGUAAUUCUCUAUCCAUAGCUGACAACGUCGGCGGUUCACCAACCUCUGGUUUGACAGCAAAACGCAGACGAAAUAAUAGUAGUAAUCGUGGCAGUAUGGUAGCAGGCAACAACAACCUUUCCUCACCUGCGCUUCACACCAACAAUAUCGGCGCAAACAAUUUAGCAGGCAUCACGUCAGUCACUUCACAUAACACAAAUUUGCACAAUAGGAAGACGGCACUGCCAAACAUAGAACCUAUUGAUACAGCCGCGCAUCUCAAGCUGCUCGGUGAAAGUCUUACUAUAAUCGGUGAGCGCCUUAAGGAGCAUGAGGGGCAAAUUGCUGUGUCUGGUAGCCUUUCCGUGCUGCUGGACAGUCUGCUUUGCUCGCUGGGUCCGCUUCUGUGCCUGACUACACGCAUACCUGGUUUGGAAAAAAAGCCCCAAUUGAGCGAGAACUUAUCGGUGACAUUGGAUAAUAUUGCGUAUGUUAUGCCGGGUCUUUAGUCUGCUAAAUUUCGAUUGGAUAGAUGUAUUUUAUUUGCUAAUAUAGUUGAUCUUUUCUUAGCUAGUAAGUAAUGCACGUAUCAAGCAAGUGUUGUGAGAAUGUAGAAGAAAUAAAACUUUGUAUGUAGGUUUUGACUUACAAAUGCA